CACAACUUCAAGACUCAAUCAGUGCCUUGCAUAAAAACAAUAAUAUCAACAUCUUCGUAGUCUCUCUAAUGGCGUCGCUUCAAUGUUCAUCUCAUUUUCUGGGCACAAACCCUAAAAUAUACAAUCCCACUUCGAUCUUCCAAAGCUACUCUCGAACCUCAUUCACCAAAUUAUCCUCUCGUGUCUCUCGCCAGAGGUUCCUACGCUGUUCACUGUAUAUGAACGGAUGUGAGGCUGACCAUAAAGCACCACUUGGCACGGUAGAAACAAGGACUCUCUCCACGGUUCCGUCUCCGGCAGCCGCGACCGAGAGGCUGAUAACCGCCGUCUCUGACCUCAAAUCUCAACCGCCUCCAUUCUCCUCCGGCAUUGUCCGAUUACAGGUACCAAUUGAGCAGCAAAUCGGAGCAAUCGAUUGGCUUCAUGCGCAGAACGAGGUUCUUCCUCGCAGUUUCUUUUCCCGUCGUAGUGACACUGGCCGUCCAGAUCUUCUUCAAGACUUCACGAAUGACAAUGGAUCAUCUGAUCGUAAUCCGGUUAGUGUUGCUGGAAUCGGGUCUGCUGUCUUUUUCCGCGAUCUGGAUCCGUUUUCUCAUGAUGACUGGAGAUCGAUCCGAAGGUUUCUGUCUUCGAAGUCUCCUCUGAUUCGCGCGUAUGGAGGUCUUCGAUUUGAUCCUAACGGGAAGAUCGCUGUGGAAUGGGAACAUUUUGGGUCGUUUUACUUUACAGUGCCUCAGGUCGAGUUUGAUGAGUUUGGAGGAAGCUCAAUGCUGGCUGCAACUGUUGCUUGGGACAAUGAGCUCUCAUGGACGCUUGAAAAUGCUAUUGAAGCACUUCAGGAAACUAUGCUUCAGGUUUCUUCUGUUAUAAUGAGAUUACGCAGAGAAUCUCUAGGAGUUUCUAUUGUUAGCAAGAACCAUGUUCCAAGUGAAGGAGCCUAUUACCCUGCUGUAAAUAAUGCUCUCGAGAUUAUAAAAGACAAAAAAUCACCCCUAAGCAAGGUUGUGCUUGCACGCAGCAGCAGAAUCAUUACAGAUACCGACAUUGAUCCUAUCGCUUGGUUAGCACGGUUGCAGUGUGAAGGACAAGACGCGUACCAGUUCUGUCUUCAACCACCCGGUGCACCAGCAUUCAUAGGGAACACGCCUGAGAGACUCUUCCACAGAAAACACCUAGGUGUCUGCAGUGAGGCCUUGGCUGCAACAAGGCCUAGAGGUGAUUCAAGGGUUCGUGAAUUGGAGAUAGAGCGCGACUUACUAACCAGUCCCAAAGACGAUCUUGAGUUUUCUAUUGUCCGAGAGAAUAUUAGAGAAAAACUUAAAACCAUAUGUGACAGAGUAGUAGUUAAACCCAAAAAAUCAGUGAGAAAGCUUGCAAGAGUACAGCAUCUAUAUUCUCAAUUGGCAGGACAGCUAAGAAGAGAAGAUGAUGAGUUUGACAUCUUAACUGCUUUGCAUCCGACACCAGCUGUUUGCGGAUGUCCAGUAGAGGAAGCAAGGCUUUUGAUUAAGCAAAUUGAGUCAUUUGAUAGAGGAAUGUAUGCUGGACCUAUUGGGUUCUUUGGUGGUGGAGAGAGUGAAUUUUCUGUAGGCAUAAGAUCUGCUUUAGUCGAAAAGGGUCUUGGAGCAUUGAUCUAUGCAGGAACAGGAAUAGUUUCAGGAAGCAAUCCAUCCUCGGAGUGGAACGAGCUUGAGCUUAAGAUCUCUCAGUUCACUAAGUCACUUGAACAUGAGUCAGCUUUGCAACCGAUCAACUGAAGAAAGGCGUGAAUUGAGAUUGUUUAACUAAAUUGGUUUGUAUCAUUUGUGUGUUUGGUCAUUGGUGUGUAUGUUGUAAAUAGAAGCAACACUAAUGA